AUGAUAAUGACAAUUUCUUCUUCUUCUUCUUCUUCUUCUUCUUCUUCUUCUUCUUCUUCUUCAUGUAAUCUUACCUUAAUCUUUCUCUUCCGCUUACUUCUUCUUCCUCAUCUUCCUCCUCCACCACCUUCUUUCCCUACCGCUUUCCUCUUCUUCCUCCUCCGCCUUCUUCUUCUUCUUCCUCUUUCACUUUCUUCUUCUAAUCAUUUUCUUCUUCUUCCUCCUCCGCCUGCAUUUUCUUCUUCUUCCUCUUCCGCUUUCUUCUUUUUCUUUUUUCUCUUCCGGCUUCUUCUUCCUCCUCCUUUCUUCUUUUUUCUCUUCUGGCUUCUUCUUCUUCUUCCUCUUCCGCUUUCUUCUUCUUUUUCUUUUUUCUCUUCCGGCUUCUUCUUCAUCCUCCUUUCUUCUUUUUUCUCUUCCGGCUUCUUCUUCUUCUUCUUCCUCUUCCGCUUUCUUCUUCUUUUUCUUUUUUCUCUUCCGGCUUCUUCUUCUUCCUCCUUUCUUCUUUUUUCUCUUCCGGCUUCUUCUUCUUCUUCUUCUUCUUUUUUCUCUUCCGGCUUCUUCUUCCUCCUCCUUUCUUCUUUUUUCUCUUCCGUCUUCUUCUUCUUCUUCUUCCGCUUUCUUCUUCUUUUUCUUUUUUCUCUUCCGGCUUCUUCUUCCUCCUCCUUUCUUCUUUUUUCUCUUCCGUCUUCUUCCUCUUCUUCUUCUUCUUCUUCCUCUUCCGCUUUCUUCUUCUUUUUCUUUUUUCUCUUCCGGCUUCUUCUUCCUCCUCCUUUCUUCUUUUUUCUCUUCCGGCUUCUUCUUCUUCUUCUUCUUCUUCUUCUUCUUCUUCUUCUUCUUCCGCUUUCUUCUUCUUUUUCCUUUUUUUCUUCCGGCUUCUUCUUCCUCCUCCUUUCUUCUUUUUUUUUUCUCUUCCGUCUUCUUCUUCUUCUUCUUCUUCUUCCGCUUUCUUCUUCUUUUUUUUUCUUCCGGCUUCUUCUUCCUCCUCCUUUCUUUUUUUUUUCUUCCAGCUUCUUCUUCUUCUUCCGUUUUCUUCUUCUUUUUCUUUUUUUUCUUCCGGCUUCUUCUUCUUCUUCUUCUUCUUCCGCUUUCUUCUUCUUUUUCUUUUUUCUCUUCCGGCUUCUUCUUCCUCCUCCUUUCUUCUUUUUUCUCUUCCUGCUUCUUCUUCUUUUUCUUCUUCCUCUUCCGCUUUCUUCUUCUAAUCAUUUUCUUCUUCUUUCUCUUCCGGCUUCACCUUCUUCUUCUUCUUCCGCUUUCUUCUUCUAA